CGCGCCCCCCGUCACCGAAGCGGCCGGCGAUUGGCGGAGGGUUGUGUCCAUCUGUCUGACUGUCAGCGGGGGCGAUCCCGGGGUGCGCACACUUUCGUGUCCUGGCGACUCCGCCCACUCCUGGUCCCCAGGCUUCUCCGAUUCUGAUGGAAAGCUGCCAGAGUGUGAUCUGGUGCUUUUGCAGGCGGACGGGUUCCCUGAGCGUUGCUGUUUGGGUUAGCAGCUGCUGGAUUUGUAGCCUCUCCUUUGUCGUGCAGAAUGUCACAGUGGUACCAGCUACAACAGUUAGACUCCAAAUUUCUGGAGCAAGUAGAUCAGCUUUAUGAUGAUAACUUUCCAAUGGAAAUCAGGCAGUACCUUGGACAAUGGCUAGAGACUAAAGACUGGGACCAUGCUGCCAUCAAUGAUUCAUUGGCCAUAGUCUUGUUCCAUGAACUUCUGGUGCAGUUAGAUGACCAAUACAGUCGAUUUUCUCUGGAGAACAACUUUCUGCUUCAGCACAACAUCAGAAAAAUCAAACGCAACCUUCAGGUUAACUUCCAGGAAGAUCCGACUUUUAUGGCACUCACAAUAUCUAAAUGCCUGAAGGAAGAAAAGAAAAUCCUGGAAAAUGCACUAAAAGCUGAACAGAAUCACGUUGGUCCUGUCCAGAACGCUGUAAUUCAGGAUAAGCAGAAACAGCUGGAUCAGAAAGUGAAGAACAUAAAGAGCAAUGUUCAAGAGAUUGAACAGGAAAUCAAGUCUCUUGAAGAUCUUCAAGAUGAAUUUGAUUUCCGAUCUAAAACUUUGCAAAGUCGAGAGCAUGAAGUGAAUGGUUUGGCUCAAAAUGAAAUUAAACAAGAAAAAGUCCUUCUUCACAAUAUGAUGCUCAAGUUGGAUUUGAAAAGAAAGGAUGUGAUCAAUAAAACUGCUUCCCUGCUGAAUGAAACAGAGAAAAUCGAGGGAAUUUUGAUCAAUGAAGAGUUGGUGGAAUGGAAACGGAGACAACAGAUCGCAUGCAUUGGCGGACCACCAAACACAUGUCUUGACCAGCUGCAACAAUGGUUCACGUUGCUGGCUGAGAGUUUGCAGCAGGUUCGGCAACAGUUAAAGAAAUUAGAAGAGCUUGAGCAGAAAUAUUCAUAUGAUGGAGACCCCAUUACUCACAACAAGCAAUUUCUGGAGGAAAGGAACAACAAUUUGUUUUGCAAUCUUAUUAAAAGUUCCUUUGUGGUGGAGAGACAACCUUGCAUGCCAACUCAUCCUCAGAGACCAAUGGUCCUCAAAACUGGUGUGCAGUUUACUGUUAAGUUAAGACUCCUGGUAAGGCUACCAGAACUAAAUUACCAAUUGCGUGUAAAAGCAUCCUUUGACAAGGAUGUAGCUGAAAAGUGUGCGAUAAAGGGAUUUAGAAAAUUCAAUAUACUAGGAACCAACACAAAAGUGAUGAACAUGGAGGAGUCAACAAAUGGAAGUUUAGCUGCUGAAUUCAGGCAUCUGCAACUGAAGGAACAGAAGAAUGCAGGAAGCCGAACAACAGAAGGUCCUCUUAUUGUGACUGAGGAACUUCACUCCAUCAGCUUCGAAACUCAGUGCUGUCACCAAAAUCUGAUAAUUGAUCUAGAGACUACAUCUUUACCAUUGGUGGUGAUAUCCAAUGUUAGCCAGCUCCCCAGUGGCUGGGCUUCUAUUUUGUGGUACAACAUGCUCGUAAGCGAGACUAAGACCUUGGCUUUUUUCUCCAACCCUCCAGCUGCCAAGUGGUGUCAGCUGUCUGAGGUACUGAGUUGGCAAUUUUCCUCUAUCACCAAACGAGGCCUUAAUGCUGAACAGCUCAGCAUGCUGGGAGAGAAGUUACUAGGUACUAAUAACUGCUUCAACGACAGUACCAUUCCAUGGACACGAUUCUGCAAGGAGAACCUGAACGAAAAGCCUUUCUCAUUCUGGCUGUGGAUUGAAGGGAUUUUGGAGUUGAUCAAAAAGCAUCUUCUGCCUCUCUGGAAUGAUGGAUGGAUCAUGGGAUUUGUGAGUAAGGAAAAAGAACGUGCUUUGCUGAAGGGUAGGCAGCCAGGUACAUUUUUACUGAGGUUCAGUGAGAGCAGUCGAGAGGGUGCCAUUACCUUUACCUGGGUGGAAAUAUCUCCAAGUGAUGAAUCUCAAUUUCACUCAGUGGAGCCAUACACAAAGCAUCAACUAUCAGCAGUAACUUUCCCAGACAUCAUCCGCAAUUACAAAGUCAUGGCAGCUGAAAAUAUUCCAGAAAAUCCACUGAAGUAUUUGUAUCCCGAGGUCCCAAAAGAUCAGGCAUUUGGAAAGUAUUACUCCAGGCCAAAAGAUCCUUCAGAGCCUAUGGAUGUAGAUGACUCCAAGACUAGUGGUUAUAUAAAGACUGAGCUGAUCUCUGUGUCUGAAGUUCAUCCCUCACGACUGCAGUCGACAGAAAAUCUUCUGCCUAUGUCUGUGGAGGAUUUUGGUGAAUUGGAGCGCCACUUAAGUCCCUCAGAAAUUGACACAGUGAUGUGUUCAACAUAUCCAAGUUAACCAAGGUCCUCUUCGUAACUGUGAAUCGACAAGUUAUGGAUGUCUUGUUUGGAAGCUGCUACAGUAGCCCAAAACUGAGCUUCAAUGUAAAUAAUGACAUUUUUCAUGUAAACAUUGCAAAGAUAAAGUAGCUACAGCAUGAAACCAUUUGUUCACGUUUAGAGUAUUUGUAUCAUUUUCAUAUUUUCUUGAACUUAAAUACUAACUGUACCAUUAAAUUUGGCUGUUCUAUUGUGAUUCUUUUAAAGCAAACUAACCAAUUUCCUUUUGUUCAUCAAGACUUGAGAGAUGGCUCUUGGGCUUGGAGUUCUUAAAGCUCCUGUCCUGCCUAACAUUAUCCUAGGUUGUCUAUUAGGAUCCUUUGCCCUUUCUCCUCCUCAGCUUCAUUGUUGAAGACACCUGGUUCUAAUGGACACAUUUCUGACUAAAUUCAGAAUUUGAAAUAGCUACUUAGUUCUUUGUACAGAGCCUACUGGCAAUGUGUGUUCAUUCUAAUGUUUGUGCUAAUUUAUAAUGUUACCAUACCAUAUCCCCUUUUAAGUAUCAACUGUCAAACACUGGCUCCCAUCUUUAAGACUACUUAUCGUCUCACUCAUUGCCAUCUUCUUCCACUCACCUGUUAAUGAAAGCUUCAGAUCUCACUUCUGUAACUGUUAGCCUUGAUUAUUGCAGUAGCACCUACAAGUUUCCCAGUUCCCAUUGUCAAAAUUAGAGCACGUUCAAUAUUCUACUUGUAUCCCACAUCAAGCUUUCCUUCCACCGUUCUCGUUCACUGACCUAAUUCCUUGUCCUAAGGAGGUCCUGAUUCUCCAACAAGUUAAAAAAUUCUUCAGCUCAUAUUCCAAAGCUUCAUUCCCUCUGGAACAACCUUCAGCACAUCAAAAAUAUUCAAUUACCCCAACUCUGAACUCUUGUGCAUUCCCUACUUCAACUGGAAGCAGCUGUGCCCUUAAUUUUCUAAGUCCUUAACUUUAAAUCUGACAUACAUUUUCCCAUUGACUUUUUAAGGCAUUUCUGAAACUUAACUUUCUGCCCAAUUUUCAGGUCAUGUCUGAAUACCUCCUUCAGCACAAUGGUCAAUUUUGGGCUGGGGUGCCAUUGUUAACUGUCUUAUGAUGUUUCCCAAUGCUAAAAAUGGCAUUUAGAAGGAAAUUGUCGCACUGUUUAUACACAAAUCAAAUGACAAAAUACUUGCCAUAAUUUUCUGAUUUGAAACAACACCAGAGUACUUGUUUGAAACAGGUUCAGUUUUAAUGUAAAUGGAUAGUCACAUUAAUCAUCCUAUUACGUUUCUAACCAAACUUAAUAUCAUGUGCCUGAACAUUUCCAUGUUUUACUGAUAUUAAGCAGUUCUGUGCAGAUCUGUGGCACUAACAGAACAUUUUAACAAAAAUCUUGGAUUUCUAAACUAGGUAAUUAUUUUAUAUCCACGCUGAGCAGUGAAACCACGGUUUUUCAAUACGCCAACCCCACCACACAAAUGUCAUGCCCACGUCACAUUUCAAACAAGUGAGCACACUUUAAAACAACUGCCACCAUUACUUGCUCAAAUGUGGAAAAAAACAUUCAUCCUCUUAAGAGCUGUUUGCUUUACUACUUUUCAGCAUUCUUAUCUCAAUAACUCUGUUAAAGUGUGCAGUGUAGUGGGUAUUCAUUUUCAAUCCAGCAUUACAACCAAGUGAUGUCAAAAUCCAUUUGGUUCAACACCUAGUCCUAUCACUAAACUCCCAGGUAAACUACAGUAAUUAAAAAUCAACCUCAGACAGAUUGGCUAAAUCUAACAGAAGAUUUGAUACCCUUGACAAAUCUUGGAAGUCAAAUGCAUGAAAACAAAGCAAGUGAAAUAACAAACUAGCCUAGCUCCUGAACUACGUUAAGGCAGAGGAGUAAAAUGAGACACAAGACUAACUUGAUAUUACUUGUAACCUGAUGUAUUUUAGAUAUUUGUGGGAGCAUGUGGAAUGAAGAGCAAUUGCAGUUUCAAAGAUAGUUUUGUAUUAGCCAGUAACAUAGUAGCAAUCCAAACUUGCAUUGCAUUACAGCAUAUGGAACAGAGAAAGCUGAUUACAGCCCCAUUCUACACUUCAGUACUUGUAUUCGUACCGAGGAUCUAUGCAAUGGAUGAUCACCAUCUUUGUAGUGCCUAGAAUUCUGAGUGUAACAGAAAAAUAGGUGCAGGAAUAGGCAUUAAGCCCUUUGAGCCUGCACUACUAUUCAAGAUGAUGGUGGUUGAUCAUGCAAUUUCAGUAUCCAAUUUCCAUUUCUUUCCAUACUCCCUGAACCUUUUAGCUGCAAGGGCCAUAUCCAGUUCCCACUUGAAUAUAUCCAAUGGCCCCAACAGCUUCCGGGGGAGAGAAUUCCACAGGUUCACAACUUGUGUGAAGAAACUUUUCCUCACCACAGUCCUGAAUGGCUUACCCCUUAUUCUUAGAAUGUGACCCCCACCCCAGUUCUGGACUUGCCCAGCAUCAGGAUUCUGUGUUACUAUGAAAGCCUCCCUCAUUCUUCUAAAUUCCAGUGAGUACAAGCCCAGCCAAUGCAGUGUUUCCUGCCAUCCCAGGAAUCAGUCUGGUAAAUCAUCAAUGGAUUCUCUCGACAAUAAGAAUGCCCUUCCUGAGAGCAGGAGGCCAAAACUGCACACAGUACUCAAGGUGUGGCCUCACCAAGGUCCUGGGUAACCGCAGCAAGACAAAUCCUCUCACAGAGUGAGAGCAUGCCAUUAGCUUUCCUCACUGCCUGCUGCACCUGCAUGCCAACGUUCAGCGACUGUUCCACCAUGAUACCCAGGUCUUGUUGCACCUUAUCUUUUCCUAAACUACCACCAUUCAGGUAAUAAUCUGCCUUCCUGUUUUUGUGACCCAAAUGGAUAACCCCAUAUUUAUCCAUAUUGUAUUUCAUUUGCUAAGUAUUCACCAACUCAGCCAGUCUCCCUGCAGCCUCUUAGCAUCCUCAGCACAGCACACACUGCCACCCAGCUUAGUGUUAUCUGCAAGUUUGGAGAGAUUGCAUUCAAUUCCUUCCACCAAACUGUCAAAUGUAUUUGUGAACAGCUUAAGUCCCAACACCAAACCCUGUGAUACCCCACUCAUCACUGCUUGCCACUCUGAAAAGAACCCCAUUUAUUCAAACUCUCUACUUCCUGUCUGACAACUAGCAUUGAAGUGGAUAGAAAACAUUACCUCCGAUAGCAUGACCUUUAAUUUUCCUCACUAAUCUCAGGUGGAACCUUGUUAAAGCCUCUUGAAAGUCCAGGUACACCAUCUACUGAUAAAUCCUCUGCACUUUGAGGAUUUGACCAGUAGAGUGGACGAGGAUGUAUCAAGCAUGACUUCCCUUUAGUGAAUCCAUGCUGACCAGAACAGACUGUCGCUACUUUCCAAAUGCUCAGUAUUACAUCCGUAAUAACUGACUCCAGCAUUUUCCCCAUAUCGGCUAACCACCUAUAAUUUCCCCAUUUUCUCGUUCCCUUUUUUAAAAGAGUGGAGCUACGUUAGCUACCUUCUAGUCCAUUAGAACUCUUCCCGAGUUUACAGAAUGCUAGAAAAUGAUCGCUAAUGCAGUUAUUUUUCGGGCCACUUCCCAUAAGUACUCUGGGUUGCGCAGCAUUUUGUCCUGGGUUUUUAAAUCCCAUCUAUUUCCCCAAUACCAUUUCCUGACUGAUAAGGAUUUCCUUCAGUCCCCUAGCAUUUCCUGAAGGUUAUUUGUGUAAAAAUAUUGUCCACUUUUGCCCAAGUCUGCUAACAAUCUCAAGCCCAGCUGGAUUUGAAGACUUCAGUUUUAGAAUUCAGCACUGGAAAAGCAGGCUCCUGAUUGAAAAUCUUGCCUGCUAAAAGAGGAUCUUUGGUCAAAUUGACUAAAAAGUGUUUGAAACUUAUACCUACAAGGAAACACUAGGGGGGGGGGGGGGGGAAGCUUGUUUUUCAUUUUUCUCAUGCAGAAUUAGAAGUGUGUGUGUUCAGGAAAGCACAGUAUAAAUAAAAAUAUGCAAAAUUUCACAGGAAGUUCAGACAUGAUCACUAUUGCUUCAAAAUUUCAAGGCAAUGAAACAAUACUUUAGUAGUAUAGUUUGUUUUAAAAUACUGAAGAAUAUAAGGUAUUAUUCUUGUAGCAAAGGAACAGAGCAGACAUGUAAUUUUAGUCAAAAUUACUAGAAGUCACGCUACCAGUAGCGUACUUCACAUACAGAGUAAAACAAAGGUCCAAAUCUUUGGAUGUGGGUUGAUAACACUAUUUCCCAUCAGAAUAUGAAGAAGUUUUAAUUGCUUACCUCCAAUCUUUUGGACCAGAUGGCGAAUAUGACAGAAUGCUCACAAUCUGGGAAUCCUUAUAGGGAGCAGCACAGAGAAUCUUCAUAGAAGAUUCCUUUUUCUGGCACUACCUGCUAAAUAACUAGUUCAAAAUGUCCAAAACCUAUUGGAGUGAAGUAUGUAAGUCACAUGGGUGAGGGGGUAGAUGGUGGGCGUGUAUUGGAGUAACUGGGUUGGGGGUGGUUGGACAAUCAAAGAGUAGGGUCAGUAGUAUAGGUACCCCUCAGUCAUAAUUGGCUUUUAUCCAGCUAAAUUACCAGAGUGAUUAUCUAGUUAAGUCUGAACCCUCAGAUUUGACUCAAUGGUGAUUCAGAUUAUUUUGGAGGAUUCAGGAGACUGGGUAACUUCCCAAGCAAUUCUGCACAGUAAACACUUAGGACUUCCCAUUACAUUUCUUGAGGUAUGUCCAGUUCAUGAAGAUAUAGAAAGUGGAAGAUUCAAGCCAAAGUUUUUCUUUUAGGUCUAUUCACUGUUCAGGAUGCUUCAUUUGUACCACUGAAAAGGUGACUGAGAACCGAAGCUUCUCAAAGUUUACAGUCUAGCAACUGAAAAACACGAGAAGAUUUUUUGCAGUGAUAUCGGGAAAUGAGAAAAGCUAAAUGCUCAGCAGCUUGGUGAGUAAAGACAUCACUUGUUGCAGGUCAUGAAAUCCCCAGGCUCAGUUUUACUUCAGUACUUAGUUGAAGUUAGCUGGGCUCCUAGGAAAAUAAUUUAACCUCAUCUUAGUUUUUCUCCUCCAGUUGGCCACUAAGAAAAAAACGCAACCAGUGUUCCUGGUUGAAAUAACUGUCCAUAGCAGAAUAACCUAACACAAUAUAGGAUUAUAAAAGUGUGUAAAAUGCAUUAGUUUUGCCCAGUUGUAUCAGAGAUGCAAGUGGAACUGUCUUUCAGAGAGUGUAUUAAGAAGAAAAUGAGGACAAAAGCUAUUUUUCAUAAAAUAAAUCUCUUACAGAUGUACUCCAGAUUGUUAUUGACAAAUGCCACCCAAUA